AUGCCCGGUGCGGCAUCUCGUGAGUCUCCUCACGAAGUGGUUGCCUCUGCGGAUUCUCUGGAGCGACCUCGCAGCGCGUGCACAACUGAAGAGAGUGCGAAGAAGCCCGUUCCAGGAGUCUCUCGCGUUCCUGGGCGGCGCGAAACGGUGUUCCCUCCGCCUGCGGAGCGGCAACCUCCAGGGGUUCCGCUCCCGGACCAGGCAACCGGCAGGCCGCGCUCCCCUGCUGGUCUCUCGUCGCCGGAUGGCCAGCGCUUGUCUUGUGUCAAAAUCCUUCCGAAAGAAACUCAGCUGCAGGAACACUAUACAGGGGGGCGGGGCGUCGGCUCGCCGCUGCACGUUUCGGCUGACUCCCCUGCCUCCUUCCCUGGUGGCUGCGGCACGUGCGGGCGUGUGGAAACGGAAGGGAAAUCGCCUGCCACGCCUCUUUACGCAUAUUUCUACGGCUGCGUUCUCUUCUGUCUGAACCUCUUCUCCGCGGGAAUCGUAGACCGAAUGGUACGCUGGUGCGUCGUCUCCGCUCUGCGGUUUUUCCUCGUGAAGCUUCUCCAGCUGCAACGCCGGCGGUACCUCGAAGUCUGCUGCGAUCCGACUCAACGCUUCACGCACAUCCUCUCCGAUGGACGCCUAAAGGCAGAGCGGCAUUGUGUGCGGACGGCUGACGGCUGCGAAAUCUUCUUCUACCGCCUAGCGAAGGUAUCUCACCACUGCUGCUCGCUCGCUUGUUCGCCUCAGCCCAACUUUUCGGGGAAAUGUCCCGUCCACAGCGGCGCAUGUGCGUGCACGGAAGCUGAGCCGGCAACGCGCGUCUGCGCCUCCUCGCCUGGCGAGCCCGACAGCGGUCUCCGCGGUGUCGCUCGGACGUGUCGGUGCGACUUUCUUUGUCACUUGUCCAGAGAGGCAAAACCGUCCGUUCACCUCACCGAACGCCUGCCAGGUUCCUCGGCGACGGGGCCGCGGCCGCCGCCAGUGAUCAGCCAGCGGAUAGCUCCCCACCCCGGGCCGUCUGCAUGCGAAACGCAUCUCUCGCCGGAAGACUCGCCUCUCUCCGGCGUGAGUGACGGUGAGGGAUCAGCUGUCUGUACACCGGCCGUUUCACGGACUUCUGCUAGGCCGGCAGAAGUCCGUGGGCCAGAGGCAACUUCCGAGGCGUCGGCGGGCAAGCGCCGCUCCACUGACGAGGGCGGCAUUCCAGCAGACUGCGGGCGUCGUCUGGCCGGUCUGCCGUGCACAGAAAACGUCCAGAGCGGCAUCUCUCCGGGUGUACGGACAGCCCGCGACUCCGAAGGCGAGAGGAGCCGGCCCGCGACGCUGGAGCCGGUGCGUCCAUCCGUCAACGUCGAUCGCGCUGCGCUGCGCCUGGAACUCGAGAAGAGUGCACGCGAGGGCGACGAGCGGCCUAUCGUGUUUCUGCAGCAUGGCCUUCUGGAGUCCUCGCUGAACUGGGUCAGCGGCGGCGCGGACUCCUUGGCCUUCAUGCUCGUCGAAAGCGGCUGCGACGUGUGGCUGGGCAACAACCGAGGCAACGAGUAUGUUCACCUGCGGCCGGCGCAGAAGCUCGCACAGACGCGGGCAGAGGACAGCGAGCGGGGGAAUGGCGGGGAAAACCCGGCCGGGGCGACGCAGGGGGGACGCGCCCCAGCCCCCGAGGGCGCGUCGGGCGAGGCGGCUGGCGACGCUGGCGAAUCUCGGGAAGACUGUUUCCGCGACUCAAGCGCGGAUCUCGACUGUGACGAGGACGCCUGUCUCCUCGCGGACUGCGCGCAGACUGUGCGAGACCCAGACGGAAAGGUGGGGUUUUCGGCGGCACAGCUCGCCGACUGGACGCAGAGACGCAUGUGGGAGAAAGCGCCUCCCUGUGGGGCAUCGGAGUUGCGCGAGGACUCGCGCUUCCGAACCUGCAGUCAGCUCUGUUGCCAGUGCACGGGUCUGACUCCCUUCCCGGUCGUUCCCAGCUCCAGUUCGGAGGCCGACGAGCGGAGGAUUCUCCGGAACGCGUGCCUGGAGGCGACGGAGACGCUCAUGCGCCUGCUGCGGUCCAGGCAGCCGUGCAGCAGACGCCGCCCGAGGCGCUGGAGUCUUCCCUUUCAGCGCUUGCCGCGGGCUGGCGACGCAGGUGAUCGCGACUCGGGAUUUCCACACUUUGGCGAGCGCCUGUCGUUCUGCAGAGGAGGAGACUCUUGGCACGAGGGCGCUGAGGGCGCGAAGAGCACCCGCGAGGCCCGCGCGGCGUCAGACUGCAGCACGCGGGUAUCCCCGAGGCAGACGAGCCCCGCGCCGUCUCGACAGCGUGCGAGUGCGUUCCCGCGGUCUACGACACCGCCGCUCUGUGAGGGCCAGGCGCCUGCGUCGGCGGGCGAUCCUCUUGGAGACGAAGUCCGGGCGUGGAGUUGCUGGCCUUUCCCGGGGCGCCAGCCGACCCCGCAGGAGAGAGGCGCGUCCCACAGCGCAGCAGACGAGGGCAGAGACUCUGAGCUCCGCCGCGUUCCGCCGUUCUCGACAAUCUCUGCAGCCUCGUCUCAGAUGUGGACUUUCCACGACAUGGCCACGUACGACGUCCCGGCGAUGCUGCAGCACAUUCUCUCGCAGCCCGCGAGGGACGGUCGGCCAGCUCGCCUGCGCAAGAUCUGGGCUCUGGGGCAGUCGCAGGGGGCGGCGCAGUUGAUCGCCUUGGCGUGCUCCUACCCGGAAGUCUGUGCUCUGUUCCACUCUCUCGUGCUCUUCUCGCCGCCAGUCAUUUUGCACCCGCUCGCGUCUCUCUCGCUCUCCACGCGAAUGCUGAUUUCGCUGGGGCUGAACCACCCCGCGCCGCUCCUCUACGGCAUCAAGGCUGCGGAGAAACUCUUUCCCGCGCCUGCGCUGUCCGUCUUUGGAGACUGCGUGGCAGGACACCGCCUCAUGGGGUUCUACACCGGCGACAUUGCCUGGCGACAGCGCUGCAUCAACUUCAAGUUCACGCCCAGCGGAGGAACCAGCAAACUGAAUUUCCAGCACUGGCUCAGCAUCAUGCACGGCGGCGCGCCCAUCGGGCAGUUCGGCGUCGAGACACACGAGACGCGCGAGGAGCUGCAGCUCCAGCGCCGAGAAGCGGAGGCGACUCGCCAGAGGAACCGAGCGCGGCAGGUUCUCGAGAGAGUCGGCGAGACGCGAGACGCCACGCCAGGCCCCGCCGCGUCCUACCGCCUCGAAAACAUCACGUGCCCUGUCCACGCCAUCGUCGGCGGAAAAGACAACCUCGUCAAUGCAGAAGCAUCGGUGGCCUAUCUCUCGGCAUGCAUCGACAAAAAUCUCCUGACUGUCCAGCUGUGGCCAGAAGCAGGACACUUGGACUUUGGCUGGGCCCGUGCGCGUCGCUUGGACCUCUACCCCGAGUUGGUUCGCCGAAUUCUCUCUCAGUCUUGA